AUGAUAAACUUAGAGACAUCAAAGCCAAAAUAUGUAGAGAAGGGACCAUUUAUAGUCAGCAGCUCUGAUAGAGAGUUCUCGUAUACUCAACCAGAAAACUCUAUGGAAAAUCUAAUAGAAGGUUCUGAAAAAUCAUAUAAAUUGGAGUCAGGUGAUGUGCAAUCAGAAAAAGAUGAAUCA